AUGGGUCAUAUGAAGCAGACUGCCUGCAAAUCCCCCAGUGGUAAAGUACCGAAGAAACAACUGCGGCUCGCAAAAGUGCGCCCUCUACUGGAGGCACUCCACGAAAUUAGACGCAACCAGAAAUCCACUGAACUUCUGAAUCACAAACUCCUCUUCCAGUGUCUGGUUUGGGAAUUGCUCAGGACUUCAAAAACAGCUCUGCACUUCCUGAGUGGAGCUAUUGGUGCUUUGCAGGAGGUAAGUGACGCCUAUCUGGUUGGCCUUUUUGAAGAUAUCAGCUUGUGUGCUAUCCAUGACAAACGUAUAGUUAUGCCAAAAGAUAUCAACUAG